GCAUCCUGAGUAAUGAGUGGCCUGGGCCGGAGCAGGCGAGGUGGCCGGAGCCGUGUGGACCAGGAGGAGUGGUGGUCACUCAGCUGCCGCAAGGAGCAAGGCAAGUUCUAUGACCAUCUCCUGAGGGACUGCAUCAGCUGUGCCUCCAUCUGUGGACAGCACCCUAAGCAAUGUGCAUACUUCUGUGAGAACAAGCUCAGGAGCCCAGUGAACCUUCCACCGGAGCUCAGGAGACAGCAGAGUGGAGAAGUUGAAAACAAUUCAGACAACUCAGGAAGGUACCAAGGAUCGGAGCACAGAGGCUCAGAAGCAAGUCCAGCUCUCCCGGGGCUGAAACUGAGUGCAGAUCAGGUAGCCCUGGUCUACAGCACGCUGGGGCUCUGCCUGUGUGCCGUCCUCUGCUGCUUCCUGGUGGCGGUGGCCUGCUUCCUCAAGAAGAGGGGGGAUACCUGCUCCUGCCAGCCCCACUCAAGGCCCUGUCAAAGUCCGGCCAAAUCUUCCCAGGAUCACGCGAUGGAAGCCGGCAGCCCUGUGGGCACAUCCCCCGAGCCAGUGGAGGCCUGCAGCUUCUGCUUCCCCGAGUGCAGGGCGCCCACCCAGGAGAGUGCAGUCACGCCUGGGACCCCCAACCCCACUUGUGCUGGAAGGUGGGGGUGCCACACCAGGACCACAGUCCUGCAGCCUUGCCCACACAUUCCAGACAGCAGCCUUGGCAUUGUGUGUGUGCCUGCCCAAGAGGGGGGCCCAGGUGCAUAAAUGGGGGUCAGGGAGGGAAAGGAGGAGGGAGAGAUGGAGAGGAGGGGAGAGAGAAAGAGAGGUGGGGAGAGGGGAGAGAUGGGGAGAGAGAUAUGAGAGAGAGACAGA